AUGAGUUUCACGAUGGAGAAUCACUUCUUUAGCCCGAGCUCUUUCCGCAAGGCUCGCCCUACCUCAGUGUCAUCUAGUGGGUUUCACUCGCAGCGCCGCCGGUUCACGUACAGCCAGCCGUCCUCGGUGGCCAGUGUGGACACUUUCAAUGGGGACAUGACCCGGAGAAGCGAGAAAGAAAUCCUGCAGGCGCUUAACGACCGCUUUGCAGGAUACAUAGACAAGGUGCGCAGCUUGGAGAUGCACAAUCGCAGUCUAGAGGCUGAGGCCGCGGCACUGCGUCAGAGCCAGACCGGGCGCGCUACUGUGGGUGACCACUACGAGCGAGAGCUGGGGGACCUUCGGGCACUGCUCCAGCAGCUUUACGGCGAGAAGACCCGCGCGGUGCUGGAGCAGGACCACCUGGAGGAGGAUAUCCAGCACGUGCGAGUCAGGCUGGAAGAUGAAGCGCGGAACCGUGAAGAGCUCGAGGCUGCCGCGCGUGCCAUGAAAAAGUAUGCGGAGGAGUGCCGUCUUGCGCGCCAAGAACUGGACAAGAAGCUUAAUGCACUUGAAGAAGAGUCUGCUUUUUUGAAGAAGAAUCAUGAGGAGGAAGUUGAAGAACUCCUGGCUCAGAUUCAAGGCGCGCAGGUGAGCUUUGACGUGCCAGAUACGCUCAAGACGGACGUUACCACCGCACUGCGAGAGAUCCGCGCACAGCUGGACAAUCAUGCGACCAACAGUGCCAUGAAUACAGAAGAAUGGUUUAAAGUGCGAAUGGAGCACCUGUCCGAGGCUGCUCGGUCUAACCAGGGUGCAAUACGUGCAACACAGGAAGAGAUAGCAGACUACCGACGUCAACUGCAGAGUCGCACUAUUGAGCUGGAGACUUUACGUGGGACCAAGGAAUCCCUGGACAGGCAGCGUAUGGAGAGUGAAGACAGGCAUCAAGAUGACCUCCACUCACUGCAGGAGACCAUCAAUCAGUUGGACCGUGAGCUGAAGAGCACAAAAUGGGAGAUGGCCAGUCAGCUGAAAGAUUACCAGGAACUACUAAAUGUGAAGAUGGCUCUGGAUAUUGAGAUCGCUGCUUACAGAAAAUUACUUGAAGGAGAGGAGAGCCGCUUUUCUUCUGGCGGUGGACCAUACACUUAUCUGGAGGGUAGAUUGUCAGGGUUCAUUAAAGUGAAAGGAGAGGAAAUCUCUGAUAGGGUGAUUGUGGAAGAACAGACAGAUGAGAUUCAGGUUACCGAGGUGACAGAGGAAGCAGAUGAAGAAGAUGAGGAAGAUACCAAAGAAGGAGAGGAUGAAGAUGAAACCAAAGACAAAGAAGAUCAGGAUGAAAAAGAAGAUGAAAGUGGUAAGGAAAAUGACAAUGAGAAGCAAGAAGAAGACUCAACAUCUCCUGCUGAAAAAACUCCAGAAUCUAAGUCUCCACAAAAAUCCCCAUUACCCAAAUCACCAGUAAAAUCUCCAGCAAUCAAGUCCCCUUCUGCAGAUGAACCCAAGUCUGAAACAGAGAAAACCUCCAAAGCAUCUCCAAAAAAAGUAAAAAAAGAUGAUGAGAAGCCUGUGAAGGAGGACAAAAAGACCAAUGAACAACCAGGCAAGGAAGAGAAGAAGUCCCAAGAGAAGGAGACUGACAGCAAAGCAGAGAAGGGAGACAAUAAGAAAGAAGGCAAAGCUGAUGCAGCAUCUAAACAUGAGGAAUCUGUGAAGCCUGCUGCGCCUACCAAAGAGGAGCAGUCUGCACAGAAAGCUGGGAAAACAGAACUUGAGAAGCAAGAGCCAAAGAAAAUGCCACAGAAGAUACAAGAACAGAAACCUGAAAAAUCUGAAGUCAAGAAAGAAGAGAAGAAAUCAGAAGAGAAGAAAUCAGAUGUGAAAAAAGAAGAUAGUAAAGAGGCAGCAAAGAAUGAGAAAGCUAAAUCCUCUGGCACAGAAAGCAAGAAGUAA